AUGUCGGACUACGACCACUUGCAGCCAGUGGCACUCUUACCACCGAAAACGCCUAUCACGGCCAUGGACCCCAAGUUCGUCUUGGCCAAGCCCGUACGCCUCAAGAUCCGCCACCGUCCCGACGCUGGCGAGUGCAUUAUCCGAGACGAGCUCACGGGCGCGCCGUACUUUAUCAUUGACGAUUCAUUUUGGUCAACGCACGACCGCAAGCUCCUGCGCGACGCGACCAGAGCCGAAAUCGCAGCGAUCGAGUCGCGAACGUUCACGCCCGGACGCAGCGACGUGCUGCGAACCAACGGCCACGGCAAGGCGACAUCGUUUCUUCUUCGCUUCGACGUCUCUGCGGCCUUGGGCAACGUCGAGCUCAAGUGCGAAUUUCAGGACGUUGUCUCGAAGAAGCUCCGUGUUUUCGCGGCCACUGGUGGUGCUGGAACGUGGGUCGUUCUCUACUGCAACAGCCGGCCGAUCGCAAAGUGGCGCAAAGAUUGGUCGUUCAGUGACGGCGGCUACGUCUUCUUGGACGUCUCGCCCGGUGUCGACUUGGCGCUCAUUGUACUUUUGUGCACGUCCAUGUACACAGCUUCAGAGCGGUGGGCAUCUCGGUGA